CCCCCAAGCCCAGCUGUUGACAAGCUCCUUGUGAAAUGGAGUUUGGCAUCCUCAGCGCCGAACCGAGUGGAAGUUUCCAUGAUGAGGAAGUUCUGUGACACGGGGGUUCGGAAAAGAUCUGCGGUUUCCCUCCCAUUGGCCGGCCUGCGUGGGUGCCAACUUCUGCACGUGAUUUAAUGGAUCAGAAGGAGGUGUCAGUGAAAAAAAAGGUCCAGAAUGAUUACUAACCUAUGACUCCCAACAGUAUGACAGGCACUGUGCUUGGAGCUGUGAGAACUGAGAGAUGGAUAAGUUGAUCAGAGUCCAACAGAGGGGGGAGAAAAGUGUGGAAACCAUCGACAUAAUACAAGGAAAACGUGAAAAUGGCCUUCCAGCCUGGGACAAACCAAAGCACUGUCCAGACCGAGAACACGACUGGAAGCUAGUAGGAAUGUCUGAAGCCUGCCUCCAUAGGAAGAGCCAUGCGGAGAGGCGCAACACAUUGAAAAAUGAACAGCCGUCACCACAUCUCAUCCAGACCACUUGGACUAGCUCGAUAUUCCAUCUGGACCAUGACGAUGUGAACGAUCAGAGUGUCCCAAGUGCCCAGACCUUCCAAACAGAAGAAAAGAAAUGUAAAGAAUCAUGUAAGAGUCCGUCACAGACAUCAUACCCCUUGAACUCUAAAUGCUUUGGAGUGUCCCCUAAAGUCAAAGAAAUUCUCCUACAAAACCAUGGUACAGUUCUCAAUAUCAGGUACAUCCCCAGUUAUUUAGACAAGGACGAGCUAUGUGUAGUGUGUGGUGACAAAGCCACCGGGUAUCACUACCGCUGCAUCACGUGUGAAGGCUGCAAGGGUUUCUUUAGAAGAACCAUUCAGAAAAAUCUCCAUCCAUCCUAUUCCUGUAAAUAUGAAGGAAAAUGUGUCAUAGACAAAGUUACGAGAAAUCAGUGCCAGGAAUGUCGCUUUAAAAAAUGCAUCUAUGUUGGCAUGGCAACAGAUUUGGUACUGGAUGACAGCAAGAGGCUGGCAAAGAGGAAGCUGAUUGAGGAGAACCGGGAGAAGAGACGGCGGGAAGAGCUGCAGAAAUCCAUCGGGCACAAGCCAGAGCCCACGGACGAGGAGUGGGAGCUCAUCAAAACUGUCACUGAAGCCCAUGUGGCCACCAAUGCCCAAGGCAGCCACUGGAAGCAGAAACGAAAAUUCCUGCCAGAAGAUAUUGGACAAGCACCAAUAGUAAAUGCCCCAGAAGGUGGAAAGGUUGACUUGGAAGCCUUUAGCCAUUUUACAAAAAUCAUCACACCAGCAAUUACCAGAGUGGUGGAUUUUGCCAAAAAGUUGCCUAUGUUUUGUGAGCUGCCAUGUGAAGACCAGAUAAUCCUCCUCAAAGGCUGCUGCAUGGAGAUCAUGUCCCUUCGCGCUGCAGUGCGCUAUGACCCAGAAAGUGAGACUUUAACCUUGAAUGGGGAAAUGGCAGUGACACGGGGACAGCUGAAGAAUGGGGGUCUUGGGGUGGUGUCAGACGCCAUUUUUGACCUGGGCAUGUCACUGUCUUCUUUCAACUUGGAUGACACUGAAGUAGCUCUCCUUCAGGCUGUCCUGCUAAUGUCUUCAG